UUAGAUUCCAAAAUAAAUUUUGGUCAAAAAUGUCGCAUCAAAUAUUUGGACAUAUGCAUGGAGCAUUAAACAUGGGAAAAAAAAUCAAUUGCACAGUUUGCAUGUAAAUUGCGAGACUAAUCUUUUUGAGCCUAAUUGUGCUAUGAUUUGGCAAUGUGAUGCUAAGUAAACAUUUACUAAUGGUGGAUUAAUUAGGCUUAAAUAAUAAAUUUGUCUCGCAGUUUAAAGACAGAAUAUGUAAUUUGUUUUUGUUAUUAGUCUAUGUUUAAUACUUUAAAUGUGUGUCUGUAUACUUAAAAAAAAAAUUUGGACGAUGAACUAAACACGGCCUAACAUGAGGAGUAUGUGUAGCGAGCUUUCGAAUGCCAACAUGAGGAGUAUGUGUAGCGAGCUUUCGAAUGCACAAGGUCAUUCAUACCUGUUGUUCAGAUGAAGUUUUUAUGUGACCGGAUGAGCAGUGGGGACGUGUGGUCCUUUGCCCAGUCGCACCAACAUCUAUUACUAGGGACACGGGCACCAACUGACGACAUUACGAACAAUGGCCCGGUUUCUCGAGGAGUACCAGAAAUCUAACUUGCGAGACAACUGCCACGAACUAAACUGACGAACUAGAUGGAACGAACAAUCCCGUGCAAUAGUCCCUGCCUAAACUGCCGUCCUCAUACCCGUCGUUCGUGUCCCAUACGUGGAACCGAUCAUUGCACCGUGCUAUGUACUUUGGUCGGGUCUAGUCCAGCCAGAAUAUGGUGGUGGUGUCGGCGCAGCCGCACUAACGCGGCACGUCGACUCGUCGUACCUGCUGCUUGUUUUUUUGAGUGGAAACGGACUCGCGCACCGGCAGCAGGCGAGCGGGAGAAUUCCGUUGCAUUCAAACCAAACCAACCUAACCAGCACCAAAGCUGUGGCCAGCCACUUUACCCCCUCCCGCAUCGCACGCGCCCCGACCUAACGCAACGACCCGACGCGUCUCUUCUCCUCGUCGUCGGUGCCGUGCCGCUCCGGUUGGACUCUCUCCUCGACGGCGCCGGUCUCGGCCUCUCGGGUUAUCUCCGCGUCGUCCAAACGCUCGCCCACACGCGAAAGAAAAACGCACACAAAAACACACGCAAAACGAGCCGUUGCGACCUGUCUCUCUCUCUCUCUCUCCGCUAAUCCGGUGAGUCCCCCACCACCGCAACGGUCCGGUCUUUAAUAAACACCCAGCCUCCCACUUCACCUCUCGCUUCGCUUGUCGCUUCCGCCUCGCCACGCCUCGCUUUUCCAAUGCCGCCGCCGAAGCGCGCGUGCCGCCUCGCGCUGCUCGCCGCCGGGGGAGCCUACCUCCUCUUCCUGCUCCUCUUCGAGCUCCCCUCCGUCUCCAUCUCCGUCUCCACUGCCUCGCCGGCGGCGGCGGCAGCGGCCACCACGCACCGCCCGCGCCGCCGCGAGCUCGAGGCGGCCUCCUCCUCCUCCUCCUCCUCCUCCUCGCCUCUCCGCCCGCUCAAGACCGCCUUCCCUUCCCGCCGCUCCCCGCUCGCCGUCUCGUCGAUCCGCUUCCGCCGCCGCAACUCGUCUUCCAUCGAUGCUUCCGCCGCCUCCGCCUUCGCCGCCGCGCGCCCGCUCAUGCACCACCUCCUCUCCUCCUUCUCUUCCCCUUCCCCGUCGUCCUCGCCGUCCCCAUCUCCGUCCACGUCCGAUUCAUGCCCGUCCACGAUCUCGGUGCCUACCCACCGCCUCACAAGCGGCGGCGGCGGUGGCAAUGGCGGGGGUGUGACGGUGGAGCUGCCGUGCGGGAUGGGGGUGGGAUCGCACGUCACGGUGGUGGCCCGGCCGCGGCCGGCGCGGCCGGAGAGCGAGCCGAGGAUCGCGGAGAGGAGGGGAGGGGAGGCGGCGGUGAUGGUGUCGCAGUUCAUGGUGGAGCUGCUCGGGACCAAGGCGGUGCAGGGCGAGGAGCCGCCGCGGAUACUGCACUUCAAUCCCAGGAUCCGCGGCGAUUUCAGCGGCCGCCCCGUGAUCGAGCUCAACACUUGCUACCGGAUGCAGUGGGCGCAGCCGCAGCGGUGCGAGGGCUGGGCGUCACAGCCGCACGAGGAGACAGUUGACGGGCAACUGAAAUGUGAGAGAUGGAUUCGGGAUGAUAACAGCAAGUCAGAGGAAUCAAAUGCGCAAUUGUGGUUAAACCGUUUGAUUGGUAGGGGAAAUGAGGUGGCCGCCGAUAGGCCAUACCCGUUUGAGGAGGGCAAGCUGUUUGCUUUAACUGUAACAGCUGGUUUGGAUGGCUACCAUGUCAAUGUUGAUGGGAGACAUGUUGCGUCGUUCCCUUACCGCACUGGUUACAGUCUCGAGGAUGCAACAGGCUUGUCUUUGAAGGGAGACCUUGAUAUCGAGUCGAUUUUAGCGGGACAUUUGCCCAAUUCACAUCCUAGUUUCGCUCCUCAGAGAUACCUGGAAAUGUCUGAACAGUGGAAGGCACCACCACUGCCAACUGAACCUGUUGAGCUUUUCAUUGGCAUUCUUUCAGCAGCCAAUCAUUUUGCUGAGCGUAUGGCUGUUCGGAAGUCAUGGAUGAUUGACACGAGAAAAUCAUCUAAUGUCGUUGCCAGGUUCUUUGUCGCUCUGAAUGGGGAAAAAGAGAUCAAUGAAGAGCUGAAAAAGGAGGCAGAAUUCUUUAGUGACAUUGUUAUAGUGCCUUUCAUGGAUAGCUAUGACCUUGUUGUUUUGAAGACCAUAGCCAUUGCUGAGUAUGGGGUGCGAAUUGUUCCUGCAAAAUACAUAAUGAAGUGUGAUGACGAUACAUUUGUUAGAAUUGACUCAGUGCUGGAUCAAGUGAAGAAAGUAGAGAGGGAAGGAAGCAUGUAUAUUGGUAAUAUAAACUACUAUCACAGACCUUUACGAUCUGGAAAGUGGUCUGUAUCAUAUGAGGAAUGGCAAGAGGAAGUAUACCCACCUUAUGCUAAUGGGCCAGGCUACGUAAUUUCUUCAGACAUUGCCCAGUACAUUGUAUCUGAAUUCGAUAAUCAGACGCUAAGACUCUUCAAGAUGGAAGACGUGAGUAUGGGAAUGUGGGUUGAGAAGUUCAACAGCACCCGUCAGCCAGUGAAGUAUUCGCACGAUGUCAAGUUCUUCCAGUCCGGUUGCUUUGAUGGCUACUACACCGCACACUACCAAUCCCCGCAGCAGAUGAUUUGCCUGUGGAGAAAAUUGCAAUUCGGCAGCGCUCAAUGUUGCAACAUGAGGUAGUAUGGACGCUGACAAGAGAAAGCUCGUUUUAACCACUAACUAACGGCCAUCAACAAGGAUGUGUUUGGAGGUUCACCAUUCUAUGUACCUUGUGGCCAUUCGUUCAUUCUUUUGGUCAGUGGCCGAUUGAGCUACUGAUGCUGACCAGAUGUUCCUUGUGUUUGUCUAUAUACACGUUCAGGAACGAAAAAUUCUGCCACUAGCAGGAAGUAUGCUGAUUCCAUCCAGAUAAUUGUCUCAUCCCAAUUUUAGAUUGAAUUUUAUGGGAUAGAGCGAGUAUAAUGUAGAGUUGUAGCCUCCAUCUAAAUUUAUUGUAAUAGAUUAGAUUUUGUUUUAUCCUAAUUUUAGAUUUAAUUUA